ACGACUUAGUUAGGCUCUCCGCUCCACACUCUCUCUUCUGAGCUGAAGACUGAAGUAUAGUGCAGUGCAGUACUCACUUGGUCAGCGAUCUCUGACAGAUGAGGAGUCGCAGUUCCAGCUACUUGCCACUGGCUGCAGCCGUGGUCUUGCUUCUGGUACUGACGGCGGCCAUGGAGGCUGAAGGCAUCCGGCUAGACGCCGAGACCCGGGCUUCAGUCGGCAGUAGCAGCAGCAACCCAGUGCGCAAUAAACCAAGCGAUGAUUUGGUCAAGGGUUCUACCACUGGCUCCGUAAGCGAGAGCGAGGCGACGAGAAGCGCCGGUGCGGUGAAAGAAGUUAGGGCAGUGGCGCACGUGCCGGAGUUCCAUGAAGACUACUACGUUCGAACUGUUCACAGUUCCAGGCACCACUGACCAAGCACUAAACAGCUAGCUAGUUGGUUAGUUGGUCGCAGCUGCUGCAGGCUGCCACUCAUUCAUGGUUGGAAAGGUUACAUGUAAGCUUAGACAAUUAACAGUAACACAUGGUGAUAGUGACAGGAAUAGCAACUGCAGAGCUAGCUUAUUACCUCCCCUUCUGCAUCCAUGCAGACUGCAGUGUAAGCUGGAGAAGGAACAGUUUUGAUUUACUACCUCUUGUCAGAGAACACAACUGAAGUUCAGA